AUGAGCACUCCGGAUGAGGGGUCUGUCUGGGGAGCGGGUUUCGGCCCCGAGGGCGGGGAGCAGGCCGGCGUCCGCCCCUCCGGCCCCGGGGCCCCGCGGGCCCCGCGAGCCCCGGGACUAGGUCUGGAUGUGGGCCCGCCACGGAGCGGCGAGGGCGAGGGCGGGUUCGCAGACGCCGAGGGCUUCGAGUCCGAGCGGGAAGUGCUGGAAGCGGGAGGGCCAGUGCUGUGGGGCCGCGAAGGCCGCCCCGGCUCCCCGGCCGACGACAAGGGGGACGCCCCGGACUACGCGGCCCACCUGGCUGACGAGUCCGCGGCGGACAUCGUGCAGCAGCUGACAGACCGCGACGCCCUGGGCCUGCGGAGAAACCCGUCCCCCGAGAGCUGCGCCGCCGAAGCGUCGGGCGGUUGGGCGGGCCUCGACGCGGGGCCCAGUGGGCGAGGCGCGCUCGGCCUGGGCCGCGUGGAGUCGCAGCCGCCUUCCGCCGCCGGGCCGCGCGUGGCUGGGCCCGAGAGCGGCCGGGCCUGGGGGAACCCGAGAAGAGGCGCUAAGAGCAGGGCGAAUGCCAGGACGGAUCGCCAGCGGCCCCCCGCCGCCGCCGCCGCCGCCGCCGCCGCCGAAGCCGAAGGCCUGGGCGCCCCGCUGCCUUCCGACCCCGAGUCCUCCGAUGAGUUCGGGGAGAUACAGCUGAUGAGGGUGAGCAUUUACUCCAAAGAAGGAGGCCAGGCCAAGCCCGGCAGCCCCGAGGAUCCCGGGGACACACCCAGACACUCGAAUUUCCGCGUCAGGGAGAAUUUCCUGCACGUGCCGGGCCCUUUCCUGACCUCGGCUCCCCGAGGAUUCACUUCGGUUGUGGAGAGGCAGGCCAUCGGAGAGCUGGACAUGCCCUCCUCCAAGAAAAUGCAGAGUGUGGUCUGGGGGAAGGGGGAGAGCAGGCCCACCUACCGGGGAGCUACCGCUGUUGCUGCUACUGCUGCUGCUGCUGCUGCCGCUGCAGGCGGCUUGCCCCGGGCCACCUCUAGGAGGAAGGUGACCCAGGAGAAGAAAUCCCUAGGGGGCCCCUCAAGAGUCGCCUCGGGGAAAAGCUUUCCUUCCUGGGGGCAGAGAGUCUCGGCAGCUCCCCUGGAACCGGCCACCUUCCCCCCAAUCUCUGGUGUCUCGCUGCUUGGCAAGUCCAAGAAGCAUCCCGUGGGCCCUUGGGGAAUCAAACAGCCCAAGCACACGGGGGCCGGGAAGAAAUCGGUGGCCAGGAGGACACGGGAGGCGGAGGUGGUGGCGUCGGCAGGAGAAGGCACUGACUCAAACAGAGACGCAUUCCCAAAGGGCCAGCUUCCAAAACAGAGGCCAGGGCCAUCUUGUUUGUGCAUGCAUCGUGGAGAAUGCAGCACUGGCGACCUCCAGGCCAGAGACCCCAAAGUGCCAGGAAGCUCGGAACCCUUGGCUCCGAGCCAGGGAGACGUCCUGCCCAGAGGGCCUGCACCCUCGG